UUAACAUCCUCCCAUCUUCGUCUUCCCCCUCCAGCGCUCCCCCUGGCGCCGGAAUGCCACCCCAACAUCCUGGAGGAGAAGCAGGCCCCGGGAAAGGACCCCGACCCGGACCUGCUGAGCCCGGCCGACUCGGCCGUCACGGACCUCUCCCCUCACUCCGAGUCCUGCCCCAAGACGGACCCGUCCUCCCUGGACCCCUCCUCCCGGACCGAGGGGCCCCCGACCACGCCCAACGCCAGCCCACAGCCCAAGAAAGACUUGAUGAGCUCGGAGCAGCGACAGAAGCAGGCCAAGGAGAGGAGAGAGGAGAGGGCCAAAUACAUCGAGCAACAGACCCAAGUGCAAGCCACUAAGAAGGCCCAGUGGUUGGAGAAGGAGGACCGGGCGCGGAGGCUCAGGGACUCCCAGCUGGAGGAGCGCCGCAAGAGGCUGGAGCAGCAGAGGCUGAAGACGGAGAAGCGCCGCUCCGUCCUGGAGGAGAAGCAGAGGCAGAAGCUGGAGAAGAACAAGGUGAGAGACCGGAUGGUGUUAUGGAGUGCGAUACGUACAUCCGACCACUAGGGGCAGUAGUGCUCUUGCUGUG